AGUAGCCAAGACGCCGCGGGCCGUGCUCCGAGUGAAGAAUGGGGCGUCGAAGCUGCCCAAGCCGCAGGCGGCGGCCGAGGCCCCCGGCAGCGCCCCCGGCCCCGGACUCUUCAUGGAGCGCUCACAGAGCCGCCUCAGCCUGUCCGCCUCCUUCGAGGCCCUGGCCAUCUACUUCCCCUGCAUGAACAGCUUCGACGAGGAGGACGCGGACGGGGAUGGGCGGAGACUCAAAGGUGCUAUCCAGCGGAGCACAGAAACUGGUCUGGCUGUCGAAAUGCCAAGCCGGACGGUCCGUCAAGCCAGCCAUGAAUCCAUUGAAGACAGUAUGAACAGCUAUGGAUCUGAAGGAAACUUGAAUUUCAGUGGAGUCCAUCUGGCAUCUGCUGGGCAGUUUAGUGACUUCCUGGGGAGCAUGGGUCCUGCACAAUUUGUUGGUCGUCAGACCUUGGCCACCACCUCCAUGGGAGACGUGGAAAUUGGUUUACAGGAGCGGAAUGGACAGCUAGAAGUGGAUAUCAUUCAGGCACGGGGACUGACUCCCAAACCCGGCUCCAAAACCCUUCCAGCGGCUUACAUCAAGGCAUAUCUACUAGAAAAUGGAGUGUGCAUUGCAAAAAAGAAGACAAAAGUGGCUCGAAAAUCAUUAGACCCCCUGUACAACCAGGUGUUACUGUUUGCGGAGAGCCCACAAGGCAAAGUAUUACAGGUGAUAGUCUGGGGGAUCUAUGGACGCAUGGAGCGCAAACACUUCAUGGGAGUUGCCAGGGUUCUCUUGGAAGAACUGGAUUUGUCAACUUUAGCAAUUGGCUGGUACAAGCUUUUCCCUACCUCCUCGAUGGUAGAUCCCACUACAGGUCCGCUUCUGCGCCAGUCUUCGCAGCUUUCCUUGGAGAGCACAGUGGGACCCUGCUGUGACAGGUCUUAAUGAGCCAGGAAGGGGGCAACUGCUUCUGUUUUUUAAAUAUGCUGUCAAGGUUUUGUUUGCUGGAACUCUGACCUCAAGUGCAUUGCAUGUUCAAUCAGUUCUUGAGGAGCUGGAAGAGUGACCUUAGACAGAAGACAAGGGGGAGGGCCGUAUGCCCUCUCCAUCCAAGUAGCAGGUGCCAUGGGGCAUGAGUCCUAGUUGUGAAAUUAUACAUACACCUCUUGUUUCACUUCUCUGGCUGUCAUUCAUGCACCCUUGUUUCAGAUCAGUAUUAACCCUAAAAAAUUGCAGCAUUUUUUUUUAUUUUUUUUUU